AUGACAGCCCAGCAUCUGAAUGGCAGCCUGGCAGGUGGGCCACUGCCCCCUGGCAUCCUCUUUCCCUUUGAGGGAGCCAUUGGGGGGUCUGGCAACCACAGCCUGGAGCAGGAAGGGGGCCCAAGGCUGGUGCUGCCCACCUUCUCCCCAGCGGCCUGUGCCCGUGUGGCGGUCACCCUGGUGUUGUGUGUGGUGGCCACAGCCUGCAACGUGGCCGUAUUAUGGGCCGGCCUGGCCAGGGGCCAUGCCAAGCGCUCUCAGGCCCGUGUGCUGCUCCUCCACCUGGCGGGGGCCGACCUUCUGGUGGCGCUGGUGGUCAUGCCGCUGGACGCCGCCUGGAACAUCACCCUGCAGUGGCGGGCGGGCGACUGGGCCUGCCGCCUCCUCAUGUUCCUCAAGCUCCUGGCCAUGUACGCCUCGGCCUUCCUCACGGCCAUCAUCGGCUUGGACCGGCAAGCUGCCAUCCUGCGCCCACUGGCCAUCGCUGAGGGCUGGCGAAGGAACCGGGUCUUGCUGCAGGCGGCAUGGAUGCUGAGUGCGGGGCUCUCCAUCCCCCAGCUCUUCCUCUUCCGCACGGUCACCAUCGCCUCCCCGCAGAACUUCACGCAGUGCACCACGCGGGGCUCCUUUGCCCGGCCCUGGCACGAGGCGGCCUACAACCUCUUCACCUUCCUCUGCCUCUUCCUGCUCCCGCUGGCGGUCAUGCUCGCCUGCUACGCGCGCAUCCUGAUGGAGAUCUCGCGCCGCCUCCGGUCCUGCAGUGGCAAUGGCGCCGGCGGCGCCUCUGCCAGGGAGCUGCCCCUCCGCCGGUCGCGCAACCCUAUCCCCCGGGCGCGGCUGCGUAUGCUGGGCCUGAGCGUGGCCAUCGUGGGCUCCUUCGUGGUCUGCUGGACCCCCUACUACCUGCUGGGCUUCUGGUACUGGUUCUGGCCGGAGGCCAUGGAGGGGUCCGUCUCCCCCUCGCUGGCCCACCUCCUCUUCGCCUUCGGCCUCCUCAACGCCUGCCUGGACCCCAUCACCUACGGCCUCUUUGUCGGGGGCUGCUGUGGGGCUGCAGGGGGGCCCAGGACACAGACCCCCUCCCCGGCCACUGGCUCCUUCCGCUGCUCUGCUGCUUCUCUUCGCCUCAGGCAGGGGCCGGCCCCACAACCGGAUGUGGCCCCUGCUCCGGGGACAACCACAACCCCCAGUGCUCCCUGGGCUGGGCACCCCACGGACAGCAGCCACCUCUGAGGCUGCCUGGACCCCAGACUGGCCACUGGCUCUGAGCCUGGGCCACCUUCUCUGCCACCCCAUCACCACCUGGCUAGGCCUGCCAGCUCUCUCUGCCACGUGCUGCCCACGCAUGUCUCCCCCCCCCCCGGAAAUUUAGGCUUUAGGAAACUUGGGGGGGGGGUCAGUGGGGCCAUUGUCAGUUGGGUGCCCCUCUUCAGGCACAAGUGUUGUCCUGAGUGGCCGGAGUGACUGGUGCCGCCCAGACAUUUGUGUCCUCAGAGUGACUGCUCACCCCCAGGGCUGCCAACUACUCUCUCUUCAGCCUACUAAUAAAGCGGAGCUGUGCCUCUGGGCACAUGCAGUUUCUU